CAUUGUCUUUAAAUUUCCGUCUACGCUUUCGAUCGUAAACGUCUCUUCAUGGACACGAAAUCAAACAAAGAAAAAGGUGGAAAGUCCAGUAUGGUGAAAGUAAAUAGCCGCGAGGAGAGCGCUACUGAUACACUAGAGAUUCCAUCCCCUACAGUCACUCAAGGAGUAAAACACACGGCGCUGUCGUCAGAAAUGGAUCCCAAACGUGCCGCUGCCAUCUUAGAUAGGCGCCGCGUAUCUGCAUCCAUCAAUGAAAUACGAGAUUUAUACAGCGCUUUGCAAGAACUUGUCCCAGGCAAUACGCCAUCUUCGCCUCAACACCGGGCGAUUUCAACAGAGAUUAACUUUACAAGUGUUUCGUCGAAUCCCACCUCUCCUAGCUUGAAGAGAAGAAAUGCUGAAAAUGGUGCAAAAGACACGUCCCGAUCCCCGACAAGCGAGGAUGAAUCAAUACGAGUGAGAAGGCUUCUUCCGGUGACCCCUGACUCACCAAGCAACCUGCGCAAGUUUAAACCUAAGGUCAUUCAAACACUUGACGUGAAUGCCAAUCAUGGUUUAACCAAAGGAAAACGUCCCCCUAAUAUGGGAAGGCGAGGGUCAAGUGGUGAGGUACUGUUGAGCAUGAAAACCAGUAAAGCAGGAAACCCAUCGCCUAAUAUGGGAAGGCGAGGAUCAAGUGGUGAAGUCCUUCUAGGCGUUCGAGCCAAUCAACUUAAGGCACCCAAAAGUCCUUUGGCGAUGACGAGAUGGUCUUCACACCUUGAUAUUGCUACUGCUUGUGAAACCAGUUCAACAGUUCUAGACCAACCUGUCGAACUGGACAGAGUUGUCAGUCCAGAACGGCUGGGUAGGCGUGGAUCAGAGGGGGGCAUUUUGACCCCAAAUAUGAACAAAAGCCAUAAAAAGCUUAGUCCUCUUGUGGUAAAAAGAAGGGGCUCAAGUGGUGAUAUCCUCAGCACGGAAAACUUUGAGACUACUUCUAACAAUCUUACGAGUAGCACCGUAACGUCACCACGAAAUGGCGCCGCGUUAUACACCGACUCGUACCCAAGACGAGGCUCCCUGAUGAGUGCGCUUACCAAGUUUUCGCAUUCCUUUAAAAGAAAAACCCCGCCAGCGAGUCCACAGCGCAAAGAGGCCGCAGAUGCGGCUAACCAGACAGUCGUUGAUGGUCCUGUGCCGACCAAACAGUUACCAAGGCUGGAGAGUCAAAUGGAUAUGUUGUUGAAUUCCCUACAAGAUUUGCAAGGAGCAGAAGUGGUGCAUGCAAACGCAAUUGACACAGAGACCCCAAGGAAACGCGAUCAACGUCGAGGAAGCCUGGGCAGCGAGAUGCAGGAACUCCUGGGAGCCCUGCAUGAACUUUCUAACAUGGCAACAAGCUCAGACUCAGACUCUAUUGGUGAAAAUGAGUCGAGGUCUAGGCGUGGGUCCGAGUUACAAGAUCGAGUGCCAGUCCAGAGGGAAUCACUUGAUCAACUCGAGGCCUACUUCACCGAAAAAUUACGAGACGCUACCAGGGCUAAUGCUUCUAAAUCACCUUCCGAGCGUUCUUCUGAAAGUGAAGCUCUCCAUUCGGACAGAGAAGAUGCUGAAUUGAGCCAAGUAUCGUCCGAAAUGUGAAGCAAGAAAAUCUCUCUGGAAAUAGGGAUGGCCGAUGAAGGAGUUGACAUCGUUGAUGGCCCCCUCGAAGUUUUACCGACGGAGUCCGAAGCUAAACGGAAUCCUCUGAUGGAGGACCGUGAAGAGUUUGCUAGCCAGGUAAACAAAAAACUACAGGACUGGCUAGCAAAGGCUACAGCAUUAUCAGAAAGAGAGAAAACGGAACCAAGCGAAAACUUUAUGACGUAUGAUAGUGAAGGGGCAAAGUAUGAUUCCCCAGAUUCCGACGAAAGUGACUAUAACAAAGACAAAGAACCAAAACGAAUGCGACGGAACCUCUUCUCUAAGUUGUCACUUCUACGCCGUGGUGAUAAAGCGAAAUACAAGCAUCGAAGAACAAAAUCUAUGCAUGACGUUACGUUUUUAGGUGAAAACGACCAUCCCCUUCAAGAUAUCGCAGCAGGAAAUUCUCAAACGGUGACGACACAGAUUGCAGGAAAAUCUCGUCGUCCGAGUGUGACCCGCUCAAGGUCCAUGUACAAUUUUACGCUUCCGCGAAGUAACAACAGUAAAACCCGCCAGGUUAAAGAGGCUGAAGACUUACUUAAGGCUACCCUUAAUACUGAAACACCGCUCAAGCCACAGAGUAUCCACGUUGCGGAGACACAUACACCCGUAAUACUGCCAAACAAAAGAGGCAUUGUAACGUCGCAAAUGAUUUCAACCUGUAGUAAAGACUAUUGCAGUGCCCUUGAUGCUAAAAAUCUGUCGGUGGCUUUGGCAAAACGUGAACUUAAUAAAACCAGACAGAAAGUAGAGGACAACAACGAGAGGCUGUCGGCCCCAAAAAAGCGAUCGCGUCGAUUACCGACUGACUUGCCGUUCUUCUAUACACCAGAAACAGCUGAUCCCCGCUCUUGUAACACUGCUACAACGAGACCUCCGAAAAAAACUGACACCCACAUUAAAAUUAAAUUGUUGCCAAGCAAUCCCCCAAAGGAGGAAAUUUUCUACAAUGAGAAGAAAAGUGAUUCAAGAAAACUGAAAAAGGCCUGCAGCAAUACACUAACCUGUCCGCAUAUUCUCGUGAACCAGAGUACACAUUAUUUUUUUGGAACGACACAAGAAAACGGAAAAGGUGAUAACGACGAAGGUACAUUGUUUUAUCAAGGCUCGUCCCAGUCUCCUCUACGACGCUUUGCAUCUGUUGACAGUUUCUUAAACUAUACCAAAGAUCUGCAGGGAUGCGAGGAGCCUCGGGCAAAUGGAUCUUGUAGCUAUGGACACGAGUUACGAGCCGAUGAUGCGACAAGGGGGACUAAUGUUAGAGGUCAGUCACCAUGCCCCUCUCCACCAUCUCAAGUCUGGGGAAUUGAAUUCACGAUCUAAAAACGGAGAGAGAACUCUUAACAACACAUUUCAGUACACAUUUUAUUGUUUCUAAGGCAGAAAAGACUUGUUUUAAUUCUUAUUUCACAUAACCAGUUACUUCUACAUAAACAUUUUGGUUCUGUUUUGUUAUCAAAAGGUUUUACUCAUUUUUUUCCAUGCAAAUCAUAGUUCAGUCAUUGAAUUUUAAUCAUUAAUCUCAUUUCUUUUUUUAUUUUAUCCUAUAAAUAUACAGUAUGAUAUGGAAAAUAUUACAUUUACUGGGUUUUAAAUACUUAAAACCUGAGAAUAAGUAUUAGUUUUUAUUUCAAAUGUAAUAAAAAAAAUUAUCCUAGCUCUCUAAAGAUGAAUCAAAUUGCCAUGCAGUUUUGAAGUUACUGUUUGUUGAGAAAGGAGAAUUCAUCUUCAAAUAUUAAAUUGCUUUGUUAUGAAGCAUGAAUUGAUAUAAUUUUGACAAAACUGUUAUACAGAUAUACUGUAGUGAGAAAUGUAGAAUUUCUCAAUUAUGCAAUAAAAACAUAUGCUC